CUAAUGGUAUAUAAAAGCCAUUAUUGUGAAAUUAACUAAUUGUAAUUUUAUUAGUGUUAACGAGAACCUGGUAGUCUAAACUAUCUUCAGGUCAAGGAAAAAGAACUACGUUUUCUAACGAAUGGAAUAAGUAGAAGCCACGCAGUCAUGGACUACAGUGCAGCUGAAUCUCAGUGGGCAUCCACGUUUAGCAGUAUAAAAUCCGGUCACGACAGUGCCUAUCGUGUCAUCGAGCGUGCCAUCAAAUUUGAGGAGCGCGAACGUCCUGACCUCGCGAUAACGGACUACAAGAAGGGCAUUGAGCUGAUCGACGAAACACUGGCAAUUCCGGUGGAAAUACCCGAAAGCUUCAAUAAGGAUGCUAGCUGGGAUAAGGCUGUUCGCAUGAUCCACAAAAUGAAAUGCACCCGAGGAGAAGUGUUGCAGCGAAUCGGACAGCUUGGAAUUAAAAUGGAUCAACAGGAUGCCGAAACGAAUGGGAAAAAUGGCGAAAUGGUCGGGGGAGAUGCACUGAGGCCCAGAACAUAUACCGAGCUGGCGCAGGCUUUGCGCGAAAUGCGUUGCUGCAGUGAGGAAAUAGAAGGAGACAAUAGUUUGGAGUUGCUGUUUUCCUGCGAUGGAGUUAAGAUGUACUAUAUUGAACCCGAUGGAGUGGUUUCGAAAACUUUAGAGGAUUCUACAAUGCGCAUCGUUAGAAUCGAAAAGGAUAAUGUUAAAAAGUUGAAGAGCACGGUAUUUAUUCAAGUUAUACCGACAUCUGCAAGUGCUCGAAUUCAAAAUGUCGAAAGUCCACUAGAAACAGCUAUAGAGGCUAUGGAAGGUGUCGUUCUUGUCAAUCAGAUAGAAGAGCAUCGUGGAGUGGAUCCAUCGCUAAUCUAUCCUUUGAUUCCGGGAGUAUCACCAUACUAUAGGACCGAAUAUGGAGCAUUCAUUAUUCCGGAUUUAACUAGUGACCACGGAAGAACGAUUGGGCUUAUAAUCCCUCCAAAUGCUGAUGAGGUGGUGUUGGAAAUAUUUGUCGCUUUUCUGUCCGUUUUUGAAACACAGGGUCCUCGAGAAAAACGUAGCACAAGCGCAAAUGUAUCGGCAAACAUUAUUAAGGGAGCGUUUUACGUAUCUAAAGGUUUGGUAAAGGGUGCAGAAAAGACUGGAGAAUUUAUCUCAUACAGCACUCCUUAUCUAAUGACGAAAAUACGUAAAACACCGGAUGAAACUGCAACUCAAGUUCCAGGGAAUGUGAAAACCGGAAUAGAAAUAGCAAAAUCAGUCAGUGGGACAGCAGCAAAUGUGACCAGUUACGUAGCGGGAAAGGUAGGGUCUGCCACUAUGGCCCUGGGACGAUUCCUGGCUCCUCACAUUCAGAAGCACGGUUCAGAUCUGCUCUCCUAUAGUACCGGAAUGACAGCGGAAGACGCCUCUGAAAAGGUCCAUGGAGCCUUAACCAUAUGUGCCGGAGCCGUGGAAGGUUUCGGAACUGUUUACGCUGGUCUGGAAAAAUCUGCAUCCAUCCUUGGAACGAGCCUAAGCCAAAGCACUGUUCAAAUUGUACAGCACAAAUACGGUCCGGAAGCGGGUGAAGUAGUCGGUAACUCUCUGGAUACAGUUGGUAAUGUGAUCAAUGUGACCAACAAUGUGAACUACUUCACGCCCAAGGGAAUUGCCAAACGGACGGCCAAAAACGCAGGGAAGGCAUUGGUUGCUGGAUAUAGACCCGCUGUUCCGGAGGUGGAUACUGGUGAAGGUUCCUCGAGUAGCCUAGCGAGCGGAACCAUCACGGAGCAGCAAAAGCGUGUUGUGCCCGCAGCGGUUUUGUACCCGGAUCUGUCCGGUUUGGCAAAGGAAGUUCACAAAUCGGACUAAAACAUUUUUUUUUUGGUUUAUAGGGAAUCUCAAACAAUAUGCUUUUGCAACUUGGUAGACGUAACAUACAAAUGAUAUAUGAAUAGUAUUCAUUGAAUACCUACUGUUAUCGUAAAUUCGCUAAAAAUAUUUUAGUAUACUGGAACCCACUUUUUAUCAAAAUGUAAUUGAGCAGGUUAUUGGGUGAAGUGAUGCUUUUAUAUUUAGACAUAAAUGGUGUGAUAAAUCGUUCUCUAUGAUUACGUUAACUACUAAAAAGCAGGAUUAUUACAAAACUCAAGAUUGAGCAAACAAAAAUACGAAUAACACGAUCGAUAUUUUAGAAAUGAGUUCUUAUAUACUCCAAAUGUUGGCUAUUGCUGUUUAUAAAAACACAUGACCCCGAGUUAAUAGUAAUUCUGAAAGCGGUUUGUAAUGAUAUCUAAUAAAACAAAUCUCGCAUGUUUUUUGUAAACCGCUAAUAAGCAUACUGUUAAAAUUCUCUUUGAGAGAAAAUUCUGGACAAACCGCAACUCGCCGAGAACGGUUGCUAACAUUUAAUGAAAGAAAAGUUUUUUCUUUCGUCUACUGUUGUGAUUUAUAAUCAGCGAGUAAUGGUUUCUCCGUAAUUUCCUUUCAAAGUGAAUUUUGACAGUAUGAUUAUUGGCCAAUUUCAAAAAACAC